AUGAAAUUAUUUAUUAUUGCAACAAUUGCAUUGUUUUUAUACAUUGCAAUUGAUCUUAUAUUCAAUUAAGAAAUGUGGGAUGCAAACACUAGUUUGACAUUAUAUUUGCAAUAAAACUAAUUUCCUGGUGAAAAAGACAUGUUCUUAGUCUUCUCAUAUUCUCUCUUUUUACUUCCAAGCAUAGCAGGAAUAGCAUUUUUAGUAUUGGAUAAUAAAUUAGGAGCAUUAUUAUAUGGUUUGAUGAUUUUAUUUUCAGCAGCUUCAAAUUCUUUUUUGAAAAAUCUCUAUCAUUAGGCAAGACCAUAUUUUAUAGUUUAAGAGAUUGAACCUUAUGAAUGCAAUAAAGAAUUUGGUAAACCUUCAGGUCAUGCUAUGUCUUCAUCAGCAAUGUGUUUCCUAUUACCAUGUAUAUUAUUUCCAGCAAUUUGGAAAGACCAACCGAAGUAAUAAAAUUAAUAACCAUAGUUACAAGUAUCCAUUAUACAUAAGGGUCAUAUUUAUAUUUAUUAUUACUUUUUGGACCUUUAUGACUGGAUUUUCAAGAGUAUUUAUGGGAGUUCAUUCAUUUGGUUAAAUUAUUCUAGGAUGGGUUUAUCAAGCAUAUAUUUCUAUAAUUUAUAUGAUGUAUAUACAUGAUAGAAUCAUGACUUAUUUAACAGAAUGUUUGUAAAUGGGACAUAAAGGUAUUUCAAUUAGAGUAAUAUAAAUUAUUGGUUUGAUUGCAUUCAGUUGGACUUGUGUUGCUAUUAUAUUUCUAGAAUUAAAUAGAUAUGUUUUCAUAAGUCCAGCAGAGGCUACGUUAUGGAUGACUGCAGUCUAUGAAAAGUGUGAGAAUUAAACAACAUUAUACACAAUUGAUAGUCCUUUAGUUUUAUAAAAUAUAUGCUUUAGUAUGAGUUUGUAUAUUUGGAUUAUGUUGAGUUUUGUAAUUGGAAUAAAACUUAGUAAAGGAAUAUAUUUAGAGAAUCAAUUCAGAUAUCAUUAUAAAUCACUAUCAUUAUGGUAGAAAACAUUAAGAAUAUUUAUAUUGAUUAUCUUGGUUGCUCUAUUGAUUCCUUUUUUCUUGAUUGAAUUUAAUUCAGUAUAUGCAUAAGCAUUUGGUUAAGUAAUGGAAUCUAUAAUUUAGAUUGUUCCAGUAUCAAUAUUAGGGGGAUUAAUUAUAACUGUUGUGUACUCUAAAAUAUUAUAUUAUUUAAAGAUUUCUGUGCCUGGUGAUUUCUUAUAAAUAAUAGAUAAUGAAUAAUCUGCUCCAGAUGGGUAUUCUAAUUUGCUACUUAAUAGAAUGUCUUUUGAAUUGUAAGCCAAGAGUUCUUGA